AUGUGCGUUCCUGCCGCUUCGGCGCUGCCUGCGUUAUUGACUGCUGACGUCGUUUCCACAGUAAGCGCAGAGGAGGAACACCAGUACACCUCCAUCAUCGACGGUAUCCUUGCGACUGCCGACCUGACCACUGUCACCCGGAAGAAGAUCCGUCUCGGCUUGGAGAAGGCCCUUGGCGGCAAAGACUUGAACGAGCAGAAGGAUGCUAUCAAGGCACUGAUCGAGGAGCGUUUCGAUGCCAUUUCUGGCCAAUCACAAGAUGCCGCCCCCGAAGAAUCCGCGAGCCCUCCUCUGAAGAGAGAAGCCAACGGCUACGACGAUGACGAGGCCGACGGGAACGGCGAGAUUCAGGUGUCUGUUGCCCCCGUUCGGAAGAAGCAGAAGCGCGAAGAUUCCUCCGAGGACGCGGACGCCAAGCUUGCGGCCGAGCUUCAGGCCCAGGAGAAUCGCAUGGCCCGAGGACGGACGACCCGCGGCGGCAACGGUGCCACUACAAAGUCCAACACAAAGAAGAAGAGGGCCGCCCCCAAGAAGAAGAGUGCCACAAAGGUCCGCGACAACGACGACAGUGACGUUGAUGGGGGCGAGGAGGCGCCAAAACGCAAGGCCGGUGGUGGUUUCCAGAAGCCGUUCAACCUGAGUGACCCUCUGGCGGAGCUGGUCGGCGAGCCCCAGCUCUCUCGCCCACAGGUGGUCAAGAAGCUCUGGGAGCAUAUUAAGGGGAAUGAUCUGCAAGAUCCCGACAACAAGCGACAAAUCCUAUGCGAUGACAAGAUGCAAGCAAUUUUCAAGCAGCCCAAGGUGGACAUGUUCCAAAUGAACAAGAUGAUCGGCGCCCAUCUCUACCCGGUUGAGGAACAGUAA